CCAGCUGUUCCACAGCUGGACCCUGGGUUGGGCCGGUCUGUGGGACCUUUUCCAGGGAUAUACUGGGUGGCCUAAGUCCAUCCCCUUUGUUUCGUUCCCUUUGGGGAUUUCUCUGGACAGUGACUCUAAGUCUCUAGUGCCCUGGGGCACACAGUUCUGUCUGUGACCAAUAGUUGGUGCAGAGCACGUCUGUGGGCUGGUGGAGAGUGCGGACGUCUGUCUGUGGGACCUUUUCCAGGGAUAUACUGGAUGAUUUAAUUCGGGUCCCUGUUUCCUUCCUUCUCUGUGUGACUUACUCCUGACAUGUAUCCCAGUAUCUGGUGUCCUCGGGUGCACAGCUCUGUCUGUGCCAGAGACCUGGGCACACAGCAAGUCUCUCUGCUCAUGGCUGGAGCCCAGUUCAGUGAUGGCGGCUCACACCUGCUAGUCUGAGAGACCUUUUCCAGGGAAGGACUGGGUGACCCAUGGCUAGUCCCAUUUCCUUCCUUCCCUGUGCAUUUUUCUCGUGACUGGGACUCCCAGUCUCUGGUGUUUUUGUGCCCACCAUUCAGCCUUGGAAGGUGAUCAGGACAGGCAGGUGUGUGGCUCUGGGUCUGGUGACUUAGUGCCUGCAUGACCCAGGAUCUCUUCUGGGUUUUGGCUGGGUGACCUGAAAGUGGACCCAACUGAUUCCAAUGUCCUGGAGGUUUCUGCUCACCAAGGAAACAGGAUUGCUGUUGUUUUAAGGCCCAGAGUUCAGUUUCUUGGUCUCUGUAUAGAAAAUGUUUUCCUAUACAAAAUGAAUAAAGUGUAAUUAAUAAAAGUUAAAUAAAAAAAAGAAAAUGUUUUCCUGUUACUCAGACCCAGUGUUCUCUUGUAGCCACCAUCUUGUUCCCCACCCCCCCACUUCUUCUUGAAUUAUAUUUUCAAGUUCAGUAUUGGCAGCAAUAGAAAAAGGUGUGAUGUUAUAGAGACAUCAUUAUCAGAUGUGCUUGUAAACAAUUUACCAGAUAAUUGCAUCAAACAAUUCUUAGGAAAACCACUAUCAACACUUGGAAUUUACACUUGACAAUUUGGCAACAACUGUGUCUGAUUUGUUUGCUGCUGGGACAGAGACAACAAGAACAACACUGAGAUAUGCUCUCCUGCUCCUGUUGAAGCACCCACACGUCACAGCUAAAGUCCAGGAAGAGAUUGACCGUGUGGUGGGCAGACACCGCAGGCCCUGCAUGCAGGACAGGAGUCACAUGCCCUACACAGAUGCCAUGAUUCACAAGGUCCAGAGAUUCAUUGAUCUUGUCCCCAACAACCUGCCUCAUGCAGUGACCUGUGACAUUAAAUUUAGGAAUUACCUCAUCCCCAAGGGGACAACAGUAAUGACAUCACUCUCAUCUGUGCUGUAUGACAGCAAGGAAUUCCCCAACACAGAGACAUUUGACCCUGGCCACUUUCUAGAUGGAAAUGGAAACUUUAAGAAAAGUGACUACUUCAUGCCUUUCUCAGCAGGAAGACGGAUGUGUGCAGGAGAGGGCCUGGCUCGCAUGGAGCUGUUUCUGUUCCUGACCACUGUUCUACAAAACUUUAAGCUGAAGCCUUUGGUUCACCCAAAGGACAUCGAUACCACCCCAGUUGUCAAUGGAUUAGCCUCUGUGCCACCCCCUUACCAGCUUUGCUUCAUUCCUCUCUAAAGAGAUCAGGUUAACUGGCUCCUGAUGUAUUGUCUUCUGCAAUCCCUUUUGGCCCAUCAUAUGCUCCUCCCCAUCAAGGUACUCAUGUUCUUUCUCCCUUCAAAUAGCCCCCAAACCCCUCAAAAUUCAGGAAACACACAUAUUCGAUUUGGUAGUUUCUGGAGUCACUUCUCACAUAUAUGUGCACUUCCCUAUUGGCAACUGCUCCCAUCCCUUGUGUUCAUGUGUAUGUAGACUCGAGCUAUUAAUGUAACUGUAGCAUCAAGAAAUAUUUUUCUUAUAGUAAUUUAUAGUAUUUGCCUUUUGCGUGCUCCCAAUAAAAAUAUAUUUUGAUUGAUA